AUGCAUGUUAAAAGCCGGGGAACAAAGCCCAAGGCUUCUUGGUGGACGGAGGAGUUGGAGACUCUCAAGCGGGAGGUGGUGGGUUUACACCAUCAGCUCCACGCUCCCAAGCGUCAGGGUAUGCCUCUGGAACAUAUUUUAGAAACGAGGAAACAAAAAAAGGAACUAUACGCCAACAAGAUGCGUGAGGAGUCGACUAGGCAUUUUCGUGAGUUUUGCGAAUUGCAAACUAAGGAAAAUGUCUGGUCACUCAUGAACAGACUCCUCAAAAAUGCCACCCCUAGGCACCCACCAGUCACCCUCAAUAGGGGCUCCACCUACACCACAGACAGCCAGGAGACUGCCAAAGCACUCCUUCACCACUUCUACCCUGAUGACUCACCAGACACCUUAACGUGA